AUCGUUUGUUAAUUGAUACAUGGUGGCUUUAUUUUUUAUUUACUUACUUACUGAUGAGUAGUAUGCCGUCCUUAAAAAGUUGUGGUACGCCGUAGUAAAAAAACAAAACAAAACAAAGAACGACCCACUGCAGUAAUAAGGUUCCUAGGAACUAAAAUUACCUGUUUCGUAUUUACCUAGGGGAAUGCAGAUAAAGAAGGAAACAAUAGUUAAAGUAAGACAGUAUCUGUAUUAGUAUGGUGAUAACGUGUACAGUGGUCUCAGGGCGAAUUUCCUUCGGCCUGAAUUUUUUAACUGUCCGGUCCGAAAGCUGACUGUAAAUUACUGGGUUUGUUUUCUAGUCGUUUCUCCUUCGACGCAAUUUGGUACUUACUGUUGGCGAGCGGGUGUGAAGUCAUCAUUAUGCGCCAGCUUAAGUUGACAACUAGAAGAAAACAUAAGUAUGAAGGCAGGUGGACAGUAGUUUUUUAGCUUUGCCAGUUAGCAAACGGCUGAAACAGUUUCCUGUCCCUACAAGUCAUCAAGAUUUAAAUGAAAGGAUGGCAGUUAAUAAAUCCAUGCAUCCAAGAAACCGAUACAAGGACAGGCCUCCUGAUUUUGCAUUUCUUGCCUCCAAGUAUCCAGACUUCAGGCAACAUGUGAAUACUAACUUGAUUGGGGGAGUCAGCCUAAACUUCAAGGAUCCCAAAGCUGUAAGAGAGCUAACCUGUACUUUGCUGAAGGAGGAUUUUGGGCUGACAAUUGACAUCCCAUUGGAAAGGCUGAUUCCUACGGUUCCCUUAAGGUUGAACUACAUCCACUGGGUUGAAGAUCUUAUUGGACACCAUGCUUCCAGUGAGAAGAAGAUUACAAGAGGAAUUGAUAUAGGUACUGGGGCGUCGUGUAUCUACCCAUUACUUGGAGCCACCAUGAAUGGCUGGUUUUUUCUUGCGACUGAAGUGGAUGACAUGUGCUUUAACUAUGCAAAUAAAAAUGUAGAACAGAAUAAUCUUUCUGACCUGAUUAAAGUGGUCAAAGUUCCUCAGAAGACACUUCUUAUGGAUGCUUUGAAGGAAGAAUCUGAGAUAAUUUACGAUUUUUGCAUGUGUAACCCACCUUUCUUUGCCAACCAGCUGGAAGCUAAGGGAAUCAAUUCUCGGAAUGCUCAUCGUCCACCUCCCAGUUCUGUGAACACAGGUGGAAUCACAGAAAUAAUGGCAGAGGGAGGAGAGCUGGAGUUUGUUAAAAGAAUCAUCCAUGACAGUUUGCAGUUAAAACAGAGGCUGCGGUGGUACAGCUGCAUGCUAGGAAAGAAAUGUAGUUUGGCUCCAUUAAAGGAAGAACUUCGAAAGCAAGGGGUUCCUAAGGUAGCGCAUACUGAAUUCUGUCAGGGACGCACAAUGAGAUGGGCACUGGCUUGGAGCUUCUAUGACGAUGUAACUGUACCUUCACCUCCUUGUAAAAAGAGAAAAUUGGAAAAAACUAGAAAGCCCCUUACCUUCACAGUGCUGGAACCUAUUGUUAAAGAUUUGUCUCAAAAACUGUGUUCAACAGGACAUCCAGUAUCUGAAGGCAUAUAUGUUGUAGCAACAUGGAUAGAGAACAUACUCACAGCAUUACAGGUCCAUCAUAAGCGUGUUCCAAGUGGUAAAGAAGAGAUAAGCAUUUUUCUAACAGCAGUCGUGAACUCAUGGCUUCAUACAAGAAGGAAAAAAAGAGAAAGAGUAAGACAACUGCGUGAAUUACCUCGAGCAACAGAAGAUGCCCUACAGUCAGUGGAUAAAGACAAGACCCUUUCUGGGGAACAAAGCAGUACACUUUCAUCUGAAAAAGUGACACAAGAGCUUGAGGUCAAGGAACCUGUAGCAGAGUCCACAGCAAUCACCUUAGUGCAGUCUUCAUCUAAUGACAAGGAAGGCAUGGAGCAAAGCAACACAGAGACAAUGGAAUGUGAGAGUGCACAGACAGGAGAUGAAGUGCCCGAAUCUGAUGACCCUAGCCUCAUUGACAGUGGAGAGAAACAAUGCCAAACUGCUAAUGUGUGUGAUAUUUCUGUACUGGAAGAGAAAACCAAGAAAGACAAGGAUUUUCUUUUUAAAUGUUUACUAAAUGUGAGAAGAGAAGACAAUAACUUUCUAGUAGAGAUGCACUGGGUUGAGGGAGAUAAUAGAGACCUCAUGAAUCAGCUGUGCACUUACUUAAGAAACCAGAUAUUUAGGAUGGAAAUUAGUUAACAUUUUACUUUGAUUCGGAAGAUUUUAGAUAACCUCAGGAUUAAAGAGGGGAGUGCUAGUAAAAUGCGGGGUCCACUAAAAUCAGUGUUAAGAACUAACACCUUACUUGUCCUUUUUUAGCUGUUACCAAAGGCCCACGUUAGUUACUUGGUAGUUUGCAUUGUUGGGGAGGAUUGAAUUUUAACUGCAGUGUUUCAGGCUACAAGGCCAUACAGUUUCUUGGUGUCAGCUUCACUGUUCCUGCAUUAACUUUCAUUUCUGUUUUGUAUUACAGGUGUUUUAUUUGUUAUAUUACUUCUAAAGAAAUCCAUUUAUUAUUGACUUUUUUAUCCAGACAUUUCUUUGCUACUUUAAAUUAAAGUAGUAAUGUAGCAGAGUA